CAAAGGAUUGUCUCUUCUCUCUCUCUCUCUCUCUCCCCCUCCUGCCCCACUGCCCCGUCCUAAAUUCAUUGCCCGUACUAGAUCGCUGAUUAGAGAAAGAGGGCCCUUCAUGACCAGUCGACUCGGGGCAGACUCAACUCAGGCGGGAUCCAACUCACUCUCGAGCUCACUCCAGCUCUAGCUGAUUAUCAACGACACCGUUUCACCAUGACAGGUGUUUAAUUUUCUUUAGUUUUUUGUUUUCUCGGCUUUAGAAACCCUGGAUUUCCAUCUAGAAACUUAUACCAUGGAAAAAUGUCUCCAAGUCGCCAGCUUGAUGGCCCAAUUUUAGCUUGACUUGCUGAUUUCUGUGUUGUGGAUGAAGUUUCCGAUUUGGGUUUUCUCCAAUUAGGGUUCUUUCUCAUCUCGGUUUCUUCAAUUUUGUGGGUUUUCAUACGGAUUUGUUCGUUAUUUUUUGUGCGCCCAAUCUUGUUCAAUUUGGGUGAUUUUUGUGGUUCUGUGAUAUGGGUUUCUUCAGUUUUGUGGUGAAGCUAGGGUUUCUGAUCUGGGUUUGUUAAAUUUGUGAUAUAAUAAGCCUUUUGGUUGUGUUGGGUGAGGAGACGUCUGAUGCAAUGAACCUUGACCUGAAUCUGGGUCCUGGUCCUGAUGCUGGCUUGAUGUCAAAUGACCCUGUAAAUUUUGAUUUGACUCGGGAUGUUAUUCAUCCAUCAGAGCCUGAGAAUACCUGGGAAGCAGCAGAAAGAACUAAUUUGUUAAAUAGGAUUCUGACAUCUCGAGGACUGCGCAGAGAGCAAAAUCCAGUGGUACUUGCAGAUGAUGUUGUGGAUUUAACGCAAAGCAACGUGACUGGUGUUGAAACAAGGGAAAACCGCCAACUUCAGUCCUUGCUACUCAAAAGGACACAAUCGCACAGAGCAACACAAUCUUCUCUCUCGUCUGCAUUGAGUUCUGCUGAAAGCUGUUAUAAAUUCAGAGAGCCAACUGGACACAGGUGUGGAAAUUUGUUCCAUGGUUUACCUUUCAACUUCAUCUUCCAGAAGAAGAAAUGAUUUGUCAAGAGUUUCGGACAUGGACAGUGGAGAUUCUCGUGCCCACAGAAGAAGAAGACUUAACUGAAAGCAUCUUCUUCAGCCCACAGCAGCCUGCACCAGUUGCUGAUAGAGAUUCUUUCUCAAGUAUUACUGCUGUUAUAAAUUCAGAAAGCCAACUGGACACAGCUGUGGAAAUCGAUUUCAUGGUUUCCCUUUCAACUUCAUCUUCCAGAGGAAGAAGUGAUUCGUCAAGGGUUUCGGACAUGGACAGUGGAGAUUCUCGUGCCGCCAGAAGAAGACUGAACGGAAGCAUCUUCUUCAGUUCACCAAACGUUAUCCUGUAUGUGCUCUUUGACUUUUAUUUUAUUACCCUUUCCUCCUCUUAAAUGCCUUUCCCAGUUCAGACUCGAGGAAGUAUUCACCUUUGCCGUAACCUUUGUCCUUUGACUUUGAUGAGGUGUGAUUAUGGAACUUCCGCAGCUAUCUGCUUGAUUUAUUUGUUUUAGAUUUUCAUAUAAAGAUCCUCCCUUAACCGAA